GGUGCCCAGUUGGGGAUGCCACCCAGCGGCCAAAUCACCCACGGCUUCCAGCUUCCUCGGCUGAAUCAGCCUGCACCCCAACAGGAUCCCGGAGCUCUCUCUCUCUCUGGGAGGGGGCAAUGCUACGGCCGCCCCCCGAGGGAGGAGCAGCCACCCGGGCAGGCCAAGGGCUCUCCGACGAACUCGGCCGAGGCAGUCCAGGGCUGGCUGUACAGGGCCCUCCCAAGAGUCACUGCAGGGCUGCCCGGGGACCCACCGGGGACAAUGGAGGUCUGGACCGUCCGCCUGCAGCGAGUGAUCCGGCGGACGCCUGGGCAGAGGUCCUACACCAUUUACCGCAACGCAGCCGAGGAUGAUGGGGAGCCCGAUCCAGGGGGGCUCCAGAUCAAGAUGGAGGAAGCCGGGGGGCCAAACGCCCCCCCGCCCGGCAGCCAGAAGUCUGGGUCCCCCCCUGCGCGGCCGAAGCGGUGGAAGACGGGGGUUUACCUGGCGUUGGUGGGCCUCCUCCUGCUCAUCGUAGGAUUCCUCUUGGGCUACGUCUCCUCCCGGAGGGGCUCCUGCACGGCCUGCGGGGACUUCCUGCCCAUGGUCAACGAGGACGGGCCCUUCCGGCCGGCCGAGGACCCCCGGGGGCCGCCCCCCCUCUACUGGAGCGACUUGAGGGAGAUGUUCCAGAAGUACCUCAACGAGGAGGAGAUCGAGGGGACCAUCCGGAAAAUGAGCGAGGCCCCCCACCCUCCGGGCUCCCCUCGCCUGGACGCCCUCUCUAGGCACGUCCUGGAGGCCUUCACCUCCUUCGGCCUGGACCACAGCUGGACCGAUAGCCACUACGUGGGGCUGCAGCGUCCCGACCGGGGGCGACCAAACUUCCUCCAGCGGGUGGAGGCCGGUGGGGCUGUGAUAGAGGAGCUGCAGCUGGAAGAUCCAGAUGUUUACUGCCCCUACAGCACCUCUGGCACCGUCGUGGGUGGCCUCGUCUAUGCCAACUACGGGCGCAGGGAGGACUUUGGGGUGCUGGAGCAGAUGGGGCUGAGCGCGCAGGGACACCUGGUCAUCGUCCGCGUUGGGAAAAUCAGCUACGCCGAAAAGGUGGCCAACGCAGAGGCCAGCCAGGCAAAUGGCAUUCUCAUCUACCCGGACCCCAGCGACAUCCCCCAGGACCCCCGUAAACUGGGCCUUUUCCCUAACGUCAGCAUUUACGGGCAUGUCCACAUGGGGGCGGGAGACCCUUACAGCCCCGGCUUCCCGUCCUUCAACCACACCCAGUUCCCCCCCGUAAGAUCCUCGGGGCUCCCCACGAUCCCGGCUCACCCCAUCAGUGCCGCCUUGGCUGCCCGCCUGCUCAGGCAGCUGACGGGACCCCCGGCCCCCUCGACCUGGAGGGGGCUCCUUCCGGAGGUCCCUUACCUACUGGGCCCCGGGGACCCCAAUUUCCGCCUGAAGCUUGGAGUGUACAGCAUCCGGCAGUCGGUUAUGAUCAACAAUGUCUUUGGCUGCAUCGAGGGCAAAUUCGAACCCGAUCACUAUCUGAUUGUGGGGGCCCAGAGGGACUCCCUGGGGCCUGGAGCUGCCCGGUCCGGAGUGGGCACAGCCAUCUUGCUCGAACUGGCACGAACUUUCGUUGCCAUGGUGCAGAACGGGUUCCAGCUGCGCAGAAGCCUCCUUUUCGUGAGCUGGGAUGCAGGCGACUUCGGCAGCGUGGGCUCCACCGAGUGGCUGGAGGGGUACCUGACCAUGUUACACCUGAAGGCCGCUGCCUACAUCAGCCUGGACAAUGCGGUCCUGGGAGAUGACAGAUUGCUGGCUAAGACCAGCCCUGCUCUGAUCAGCCUCAUCGAAAGCGUCAUUAAGCAGGUGGACAGUCCUAAUCGCAGCGGUCAAAGCAUCUUCGAGCAGAUGACGGAGCAGGGACGGCGCUGGGAAAAUGAGGGCAUCCGGCCCCUUCCCAUGGACAGCAGCGCCUUCGCCUUCACUUCUUUCGGGGGGGUCCCGGCGGUGGAGUUCUCUUUCGCAGAGGACUCGCGCCCGUACCCCUUCCUCAACACCAUGCUGGACACCUACGACCACCUCAACCGGGCUCUCCAGGGGCGCCUGCCCGCCGUGGCCAAGACAGUGGCCGAAGUGGUGGGACACCUCCUCAUCAAGCUGAGCCACGACCACCUGCUGCCCCUCGACUACUGGUGCUACGCGGACGUCCUCCUGCAGCGGAUCGCCCACUUCAACCAGUUCAACACCCAGCUGAAGAGUCGGGGUCUCACCCUGCAGUGGAUGUAUUCGGCAAGGGGGGAUUAUGCGCGAGCCGCCGAGAAGUUGCGCCGGGACAUCUACACCUCGGAGGAGCACAACGAGCGGCUACUGCGGAUGUUCAAUGUCCGCAUAAUGCGGGUGGAAUUCUACUUCCUCUCUCAAUAUGUGGCGGUGACCGAGACCCCCUUCCGACACAUCAUCCACGGCCGGGGCCCCCACACCCUCAGGGCCCUUCUGGAGCACGUCAGCCUCCUGCGGGACGCCCCGGAGAAGUUUGACGAAGUUCUCUUCCGCCGGCAACUGGCCCUCGUCACCUGGACGCUGCAGGGGGCCGCCAACGCCCUCAGCGGGGACGUGUGGAACAUCGACAACAACUUCUGAGCCAAGACCCCCAAUUUGAGGCUGGGGGGGGCAGGGGCCCCUAAUGUUAGCUCUGGCGUUUCGAUGCUCCCCUCGGUUUCUGGUUCGCCCACACGCCCCGAAAGUCCUUGCAGAGCAGAUCCUUUUGGCAAAAUGGCAUUGCAAUUUUUUUUUGCAAGCACAUGCGUGUGAGUUGCACACGCAUAGGGGUCUCGUUGCACCCCCACCCCCUUUUACUCUUCCCUUCCUUCUCCCCCCCCCCCGAUUCUUAAUUUAUCAGUGACAGGGUUCACUAUGAAUUAUUGGAAUAUUGCUAUGCAAUAGAAUGUGCCUUGUGCCCCCCCCCCGGGUUAAUUACACCCCCUCCCCCCAAUGGAAUGGCAGCCCCCUUCUUGGCCCACUCCCCCCACCCAUCACCCACCCACCCCCUCCCGGAUUUAUCAGCAGCAAGGUCUGCUAUAAAUGGAAUUGAUUUAUUGCUAUGUAAUAAGACAGGAAUCCUGCACCCCUCCCUUCUUUCUUUCCUCCUUCCCUUCUUUCCUUCCUCCUCCUCCUCCGUCCAGCCUUUGACUCCCUCUCCUUCCUCCUCCUUGGUUAAUCCGUCAGCGGCUGAAAAUGUUUAUUGAUGGAAUAAAAGGCUAAUCGACUUUCA